AUGUCCAAUGUUAAUUACAUCUUGAUUCCAAUCUUGGGAAGUUUUAGAAGGAUUAGUCUAAAUCGAAUAUCAAUUAAAUUCGAUAAACCUCCUCCGUUACCAAGUCAUACAGUAACACUUGGUGAAAAUUCUGUUCUUUCUUUGGCCUGUACCUGUGAUUGUCUUUUCAGUGGUUCACAAAGUCCUAACAUUCAAGUAUUUCGAGUUUGGGAUACAAAAUUAUUGAAAUGUUUAUGUGUAAUACAAUCCUCUCAUGAUGUUGGAGAUUUGUUUUCAGUGGUUUAUUCAGAUUCUUUAGAAACUUUAUAUAUUGGAUGUCAAAAUACCACAUGUAUUAGAAAAAUUAAAGAAAAUGUAAGAGGAGUAGUAUAUUUAAAUAGUCAUAAUGGAUAUGUUUAUGCUUUGGAAUUGGGAAAAACUAAAAAUGGAGAAAUCUUGAUGAGCGGAUCUGGAGAUGGUGAUGUAAAGGUUUGGUCAAUUAAAAAGAAUUCCAUGGAGCUUUUAAGAGUAUUGAAAGGUACUGAUGAUGCAGGAAUUUUAACUUUGGCCUUGUAUGAUGAUUUGAUAUUUUGUGGUGCUCAAGGUGGUAAUAUUAAGCAUGUCCGAUCUCUUAUGGCUCAUGAUGAUGAUGUUCUUGCAUUGGUAUUUAGAGGAAGCAAUUUAUUUUCAGGUUCCGCAGAUGGAACUAUCAAGAGAUGGAGUAAAAAUUUUGAAAUUUUGGAUACAUUUCGAGAUCAUAAAGGAAUUGUAUUAUCACUUGCAUUAACACCACAAUCUGAUAUGAAAUCAUCAUCUGAUAAUUCUAAUUUAUGGUUGAUUAGUGGAGCUAAUGAUCAAUUAAUAAAGUUUUGGAAUUUACCUGUGUUGACUAUGGCUUCAGAAGGACAAAUAGAAGAAGAAUCAACAACAGAUGUGAUGUUGUAUGCAUUAUCGAAAUGGAUUUCUUUACAAACAGUGAGUGGAAAACUUAAAUGUUUUGAAGAAUGUCUUCGUGGUGCUAAAUACCUUAAAGGCAUAUUUGAACAAUUAGGAAAAAACCCUUUGGUGUUUGGAAAAUUUGUGGGUAUAGAUGAUGAAUUAUCAUCAUAUAAGUUACCUUGUGGAUAUUACAAAAAAAAGACAAAUAUAUUGGUUUAUGGACAUUAUGAUGUUAUUGAUGCUGAUGAAACAAAAUGGAAUACAGAUCCAUUUGAGAUGUUUGGCAAGGAUGGUUAUAUAUAUGGAAGAGGUGUUUCAGAUAAUAAAGGACCAAUGCUAGCAACAAUAUUUGCAGCAAGUGAAUUACAACAAGAGAAAAAGUUGAAGGCAAAUGUAUAUUUCUUGAUUGAAGGUGAAGAAGAAAGUGGAAGUGUGGGAUUUUAUGAAGCUUUAGAAAAGUCAAAGGAUCUGAUUGGAGAAAUUGAUGUUAUAUUUGUUAGUAAUUCUUAUUGGCUGGAUGAUGAAAUUCCAUGCUUAACUUAUGGACUUCGUGGAGUUAUUAGAUCAACGAUUGAAAUAACAAGUUCUCAUACCGAUUUACAUUCUGGUAUGCAAGGUGGAGCAAUAUCAGAGCCAUUAAAUGACAUGGUUAGAGUAUUAUCAAAACUUAUUUCAGAUGAUAAUUAUAUACUUAUACCAGGAUUUUAUGAUAAAGUGAGACCUGUCACACCUUCCGAACAACAAUUAUAUGAACCACUCGUUGAACUAAAAAUUCGAGAAACCUUCAACAAUAAAUCCAAUAUUUCUCAAAACCAUGAUGAAUUUCAAAAACUACAAAAUCGAAAAAAAUUAAUGGCACGCUGGAGAUAUCCUUCAUUAACAGUUCAUAAAAUUGAUGUCAGUGGUCCAAAGAAUUCCACCGUUAUACCUUGUAAAGCGAAAGCUAAUGUUAGCAUGAGAAUUGUACCUGACCAAGAUUUGAAUGUUAUAGUAGAAUAUUUUCAAAGUUAUGUGAAAUCUAUUUUUGAAACUUUGAAAACUGAUAAUGAUCUUUCGAUCACCAUUAAUAGUAAAACAGAUUGGUGGUUAGGAGAUAUAGGAAGUAAAUAUUAUAAAGCUACAGAACAAGCCAUUGAACAAGAAUGGGGAAUAAAACCACUAUAUAUAAGAGAAGGUGGAUCAAUUCCAACUGUUAGAUUGUUAGAAAAAGAGUUUAAUGCAGUAACUGUCCAUUUUCCAAUGGGUCAGUCAACUGAUCAAGCACAUUUAAACAAUGAAAGAAUUAGGUUACAAAAUCUGUUCAAAGGGAAAUUAAUUUUCAAACGCUUAUUUAGUAAAUCAGUAAAUGAAGCUAGAGAAUGUGAUUAUGAAAUACAACGUUCUAUUGGUGAAGAAUCAAAUGAAGAAAUCGAAGAUCUUGAAUUAAAUUAUGUCGAUAAUGAAUCAGAACAGAUAUACAAGUUAGUGAUGAAGAAACCAACAAUGAUAAAGAAUUAA